CGCUGGAGAGUAUGAUGUUUGCUGCAGUAAUUGGAUGAGUAAGACUCGGAUGGAUUUGGAGGUUUGGCUGCUCAGUUUUGUUUCUGUCUUGCCGCAUUUUGCGAAAAUGCUGUGAUCUUGUACUGGGUUGAAGGUUGGAUGUGUGGUUUGGCAAGGCGGUGUUUUGAUUCUGAUUUUGAUUCUGUUAAGCCUUAGUUGAUUCGGAAACCCGAAGGAGCCUUAUGUACACGAGUGCAGGCCAUCAACUCUAUUAUGCUAAGGUACUACAUGGCUGGGUAUUCUUCCAAUAUUCGCUUUUCUUUGAUACAAAACAACUUGUAAAUGCGCCCCUGUUCCCUCUAUGUGAUUACUCAAGUAUGGUUGACCCCUAUAAUUGUCCGACCACUGAUUUAAUCAUUUUUCGCUAUCUCGUCAUCGGCGGGGUUAUGAGAACUCUGUCCUUCAACGUCCUCAACCUUGUCAAGAGGCUCCAGCUCCUGUUCACUGGCCGCGUCUCCUAGUUCCACGUCCAUUGUAUUACCGCGGUCUCGAGUCCCUCCCACGGUAGUUCCUACU